CAUUUGACAUUGAGGAACACUACUGGUACUAACCAAGCAAAAAUUGCCGUGCUCGGAGGUGUUUCCUUUUAUCGCCGCUGGACAUUUCGGUAGUUUUUUUCUACCUCUAUAACGGUGCCAAGUCCAGUCUGGACCCCAACUCGGAACGAUAUCCCUUCACUGGCCGAUUAUCUGUGUUCGUUGUUGGUGAUUUCUGUGCUUAGAUUCAAUUACUGUGCUAGUCCCUGUAUUCUUGGGUGGUGUUACAACAGAUUGCUUUAGAAUGGCUAAGGUGCUAUUGUCUCAGGAUUCUAACUAUCAGCAAAUCAAGGCCUAUUAUAAGGAACAUGGUGCUUCGAUUAAUAUCAAGGAUCUGUUUCAAGAGGAUGACAUUCGCUUCGAUAAGUUCAGCUUAAAGCUUUCAACUCCGGCUGAUGGUGAUAUUUUACUGGAUUACUCGAAGAACCGCGUCACCGAAGAAGUCUGGAACAUGCUACUCGAACUGGCCGAGUCACGUGAUGUGGUCAAGACCCGCAAUGAUAUGUUCAGCGGGGAACGUAUAAAUAUCACGGAAAACCGUGCUGUAUUACAUGUUGCACUCAGAAAUCGUUCGAAUAACCCCAUCCUGGUUGAUGGUAAGGACGUCAUGCCCGAAGUGAAUGCCGUAUUGAACCACAUGAAAGAAUUUACCAAUCAGGUAUUGAAUGGUGUUUGGCGUGGUUAUACCAAUAAAAAGAUUAGCGAUGUUGUAAACAUCGGCAUUGGUGGUUCCGAUCUUGGCCCAUUGAUGGUGUCCGAGGCUCUGAAGGCAUACAACACCGGAAUUCGUUCACACUUUGUGUCCAACGUUGACGGUACUCAUAUUGCGGAGACGUUGAAGAAUCUUGAUCCGGAAACGACACUCUUUAUCAUUGCUUCGAAAACUUUUACAACGCAGGAAACCAUUACCAAUGCCACUGCUGCCAAGAAUUGGUUCCUGGAACGAUGCGGAGAGAAGGAACAUGUGGCUAAACACUUUGUUGCAUUGUCAACAAACAAAGAAAAGGUGUCUGCGUUCGGCAUUGAUACGAAAAACAUGUUCGAAUUCUGGGACUGGGUAGGAGGACGUUACUCGCUGUGGUCCGCAAUUGGUCUAUCGAUUUCGUUAUCCAUCGGUUUCGAUAACUUUGAAAAACUGCUGGAAGGUGCUCAUUAUAUGGAUAAGCACUUCAUGACCGCUCCGUUGAAUGAAAAUGCCCCGGUUAUUCUGGCUCUGAUGGGCAUCUGGUACUCAAAUUUCUAUGGAGCAGAGACGCAGGCUCUACUGCCGUACGACCAGUAUAUGCACCGUUUUGCCGCCUAUUUCCAGCAGGGCGACAUGGAAAGCAACGGCAAGGGAGUCACAAAGCGUGGCGAACGAGUUGAUUUCAACACCGGCCCAAUCGUGUGGGGCGAACCGGGAACUAACGGGCAGCAUGCAUUUUAUCAGCUGAUUCACCAGGGUACACGUCUUAUUCCAUGCGAUUUCAUUGCUCCGGUCAUCACCCACAACCCGGUGGAGGACGGUGCCAUGCACAAAAUACUGCUGGCCAAUUAUCUCGCUCAGACAGAAGCACUCAUGACGGGCAAAACCGAGGAGCAGGCCCGUGCCGAGCUGGAGAAGGCUGGCUUGUCUGGAGAAAAGCUGGAAAAACUUCUACCCCAUAAGGUGUUCACCGGAAACCGACCGACGAACUCGAUACUGGUCAGAAAAGUUACUCCGUUCACAUUGGGUGCUCUGAUUGCCAUGUACGAACACAAGAUCUUCACCCAGGGCGUUAUCUGGGACGUGAAUUCGUUCGAUCAGUGGGGUGUCGAGCUGGGAAAAGCACUAGCCAAGGCAAUCGAGGUGGAUUUGGCAGAUCCGAAUAAAACUACCUCUCAUGACUCAUCCACUAACGGGCUAAUUAAUUUUAUCAAAAUCAACUGGGAGAAAGUUGAAUGAAUUAGUCCCUUGGUGAAAAAAUAAUGUGUAAUGCUAUCCAGUUCAUUGCAAUAUUCCUCAGCACGCCGGUGAGAAAACACAAAAUAAAUGUCGGUGCAAUGGUAAUUCCAAAAUGGUAAAAGCACACUUACAACUUCUGAAUGGUUUAAAUUUUGUGCAUAGAAAUUUAGACAAAAAUAACGCUUUGGAAAUUAAAUAAAACUCAAAUGUUUAUGAAACCAGUUACAAAAAA